GAGGAGCAAUCGAGGAAAUAUUUGUUCUUUAGACGGUACUUUUCCUCUGCAAUCUCGACACAAAUCCUAAGUGGCGGACUAUUAUGUAUCUCGGCUUAGGGCUUCCACCUACAAUGAAAAGAGAAGUAUACAGUGCAGUUAACUUUGUGGCGAAACUACUACAGACCACCAACAGAAAUGUCGACCCUGGUCUAGUGGACAAUUUCAGCCGUGUUCUUGUGAACUGUCUCUGUGAGAGGUUCGACACUCACUGGUUUCCAGAAAAGCCCUUCAAAGGCAGUGCUUACAGGUGUGUGAGGAUCACCCAACUUGGUAUGGACCCUGUCCUAGUAAAAGCUGGUGAAGCAGUAGGCAUGUCCACUGAAGUACUCUACAACCUUCUCCCCCAUGAACUCACCGUGUGGAUUGAUCCUGCGGAGGUCUCGUACCGGAUUGGUGAGGAAGGUUCCAUCUGCGUACUGUAUGAUGGCAGCGACGAUGAGGAUUCGUCGUCGUCUUCAUCCAACAUGAGUGACUUAUCUUCGUCUCCUCCACAGUACUCUCAGGAACUCUUCAGCACAAGUGCAACUGAUUUUGAUUUCAAUUUCAAUAGCCCGAUACCUGCCUUCCAUUGACAUCUCGACCUCAAGAACUUCCGAACAGACUUUCGGCGAUAGCAGUUAGCAACCACCUUGAAUACGAUGAAGGAAAUUGCAAAACUCAUUUA